AUCAAGAAACUUUUAUCAACAAAACCCGCCUUGUGAUGCAGUGAUGCUUAAACCCUAGACAUAACCCAUUAAUGGUCAUGCAAGAUUUGAAGAGUUUUUGGAACUAGAAACAGAAGGGAAAAAAGAAGAUGGUGAAGCACAAGGCUCAAUCCAAAAAACAGCAAAAGCGUGGGGGAAUAGACUUCAAGAAAAUAAAAAGAAAAGUUGGUCGAAAAUUGCCGCCGCCCAAAAAUGCAACCAAUACAGAAAUCAAGUCUAAAGCGAUUAUUCUUCCGGAGCAGAGUGUAGUGUCAGAUAAGGCAGGUUUAGCUGUGAGUAAAAAGGGUUUGACUUUGAAGGAGCUUCUGCAACAAACAAGUCAUCACAAUGCAAAAGUUCGUAAAGAUGCAUUGAUUGGUAUUAGGGAUAUAUUUCUUAAAUAUCCUGCUGAGUUGAAGCUCCACAAGCUUGCUACUAUAGAGAAACUGCGUGAACGCAUCAGUGAUGAUGAUAAAAUUGUCCGAGAAACACUUUACCAAUUAUUUAAGUCAGUGAUAUUGCCCAACUGUAAGCAGGAUAAUCAAGGGCCAUUCAUUUCCUUGAUGAUGGCUUAUAUUUUCAAUUCAAUGACGCACUUGGCUAUAGAUGUGCGCUUGAUGGCUUUCAGAUUCUUUGACCUCGUUAUCCAGCAUCAUCCAUCUUCAUUUUCUCUUUAUGCUGAGAAGAUUCUCCAGAAUUAUCAGGAUAUUCUGCAGAGGAGCCAAUUUCAUUUACAGGAUAAGAGCAAGCUAAAAACCAUCCUUGGUGGUUUAGUUCACUGCUUGACACUGUUGCCACGUAGUGAGAAAGAUGAUGACUCAUGUGUGAAAAAUGAAGUUCAUUCCCAUGGGAUUCUGCAUGCAUUGGAGCCUGAUUUGGUUGAGGAUUGUUCUGGUCGUUCGGGCAUUAUUGAGAAGUUGAAAGAUAUUCUCCCAAUUCUAGUUAGUUGUUUCGUGGAUUUCAUGUCAUCGAACAAUACUAUGCAAUUAUUGGAUGUGCAAUCCUUUGAUUGUGUGCUAUUCAUUCUUCAAAGCAUAGAUAUUGUGGUCAAAUUCUUUGCUUUUGAAAUGAACAAAGGCGAAAAAAGUUGGCAGUAUGUUCCUUCUCUUUAUGAAAGAGGACCUGAUGCAGACAUAUUAGAUCACUUUAUGUCACCUGCAAUAUUUAAGAAGUUGUGGGAGUUGUUCCCUCUAAAUCUAAUUCAUCGCAAUUCAGAUAAGGAUGAUGACCGAUAUCUUGCACUAAAUGCCAUAAUUAGCGACAUAUUUUUGCAGCUAAGGGAGUGGAGUUAUCCUCCUCCUUCUUUGUUGGAGAAGUUCCUGGGGUUCAUUGAAAGUUCUUUAAUUGAAAAGUUAUCCAAUUGCCCACAAUCGAGUGUGUUCCGUGAGAAGCACUUGCUUCCGCUUGUACCGUUCAUUCCAAAGAUUUUUAUGCAAGUUUCAGGUGCAUGGCGAUCUCGUAUUUUACAGGCAUUCACUGAGGUUUUUAAGAACUGUGGGCCAGAGUCUUCUAUGAAAUUGGCUUGCCUUUCUGCACUUGGAGAUGUGGUUGAUCCUGAAAAGGGCUGGCUAUACUUGGUUGCAGGAGAUCCUGAAUUGCUAGACUAUCAGCUUAUUUGGAUUAGGGAGCUUCCUCAACUGCUAUUGGUCUUAGGUGAUAAGAACCCCUUAUGUUCAAAGGCUGUGUUGCGACUUCUGCUACUUAUAGGAAAGGCUGCUAAAUUGAGCUUUUCGUUCAGUCAGGAGUAUGAUCAAAUGCAAUGCAAACUUGCAGUUUUUUAUAGCACACACUUAGAUGAUGGAAGUAUAUUCUAUGGGCCAUUCACGAGUCUACCUCAGGAUAUCCAGGAACUUUCUCUGUGUUGUCUGUAUUACUUCUCCUCCCUGAAACCAAUGCUGCUUCAGUCAUUGGUAUUGUGUUGCUUAAGUCAAAAUAUGGAGCCAUUUUUACUUUUUCGGAUAAUAGAGGUUCUCCGCUCAGUCUGCAAAGCUGGAAAUAUCUCGAGUGCAGAUUAUAUUAGUUUCCUCAUCACUUUACUUUCACGUUUCAGAGUCUCACCAGAAAACUGUUCUUCUCUGGGAUAUGAAGGAAUCUCAAAUCAUGCUACCUUUAGAACAAUUACCAGAGUUAUUUGCUCUUGUCUAUCUCAAAUUGGGGAUGACCAUCUUGUUCUCCAAACUUUGGAAAAAAAAAUUCUUGAUGAGAUGUCACUGAAACUGCCAUUAGACAACAUCUGUGCAUUUCUCAGGGUGCUCGUCACCUUGGACACCAAACCCACAAGGCUCUCUGAAUGGAGUGUUAUCAAAUUAAGCAAUGUCCUCUGUAAAUACUUGAUAAAUGUUGCAUCUAGUAAGCAACAUGAUGGUGAAUCCAAAGUCUACUUGAGCACAAACAAGAGCCACUACUACCUCCUACCUUGUUUUUUCCUGUUUGAUAGGAGUACCAAACUGUUAGAUCUUUUUUUAACUUCAAUGAGAUCACUGAUAACAGACAAUACCUCAUUAUUAUUGUCCCCUCAUCAUAGUACCUCCAAAAUCAGCCAAUCAAGUAGGUCGAAUGUUAUUGUUACUGUGUUACUACUAAUGCAUGGAGAUGUUAAGAUGCACCAAAUUCUUUUGCCACACAAGUCACAGAUUGAGAGCAUGUUGGAGAUGGUGCUCAAAGUUCAGUCAGAGGAAACUAACACGACUAUAGAAGAAAGGCAUAAGAUGCAAAGCACGUGUGAUCAACUGAAAGCUGCCAUUGGUAGAUCGUUGAGUGGCUGAUGAUAGGAUACCUCUUAACCUAGAAGAGGACAGCAAUUUGCAUUCAGGAUGGAUGGGGAAGGCUUUAUGAUGCCAGCAGUUUAGAUUACUGCUUGCAAAGUGAUAGGAGUUGCAAUGUGGCAAUGGCUGAAUUCUUAUAUCUGCUUGGAUGGGGGAACUCGGGAAGGAAAAAUUUUGGAUGAGCAGAAACUUCUUUCUAGUGGAUGAACCUGUCAUAAUGGCCCCAUAGGUCAUGCUCUUUAUCUCUCUCAUGCUGUUGACAAGCAUUAUCACUGAGCUGUUUUAUUUGACUCCAAGAGUCAAGGUGGUGGAACUUCUGGUUGGGAUCAAGGGCAGGAUGUGAGAAAUAUGGCAAAGGAUGUACUGCAUGAGGUCUUUCUUUCUUGUUAAUUGCGUAACUGGAAUGGGAAGCCAGAAGACUGGAGCUUUAUCUCCUGCAUUACAAUAAAUCUGACAUCUAUAAAGAGUAUAUUAGAGUCUGAUGCACCUUACAAAAGCUACAUUUUAUUAAUGUCAUCGAAGAAGUACUUGAUACACCGCUGUACUAUACCGCAAGUAGAUGUUAUAAAUUUGUUAGCACACUAGCAUGAUCUGGUUUGGCAGGUCAUAAUUCAUGGACUUAUAGACAGUAGACACCACCGCAUAUUUAUCUUCUGCGGUUGAUCUUACAUUGUUCCCCAUUUUCAAUUCCUUUUCUUUCCUUUCUUGCAUGGGAAGGGAAGGCAAUGAGAUCAUCAAAUGAAAUGUUGUAUGUGAUGGGGGUUAAGUUUUCA